CUCCCCGCUCAUCCAGCACACUCCCGCCCCACCCCAUCGCAAGCUUGCAAAGGGUCCCCGUGCAUAUAAAUAGGACGCACCCGCCAGCCCCCUGCUACAACCAACGCAGCUCCCCCCCGCUUCCCGCCUUCCGAACUAUCCUCGACAACUUCCGUCCUCGUACUCACCACCACCACCACAAUGUCCACCCCGAAAACCAUCCUCGUCACAGGCGCCAACAAAGGAAUAGGCUACGAGGCUGUCAACCUGCUGUCCCAGAAGCUUCCCACCAGCACUAUCCUUCUUGGAACACGAUCGGUGGAGAAUGGUCAGAAUGCGAUCAGGAAGAUGAGGGAGGCGAGCGGAGGGAAGGGGUUUGAGAAUGUUACAUCUAUUCAACUGGACGUUGAUAGCAGGGAGUCGGUGGAGAACGCGGUGAAGAAGGUCAAGGCGGACUAUGGCAAACUCGAUGUUCUUCUACACAACAGUGGAAUCGCGAACGUCGGUGGUGACGCGUACGCCAAAGGAGUCUUUGACGUCAACGUAACCGGGACCAAAACAGUCGUCGACGCCUUCCUCCCGCUCAUCCCCACCACCGGCCAGAUCAUCGUCGUCUCCUCCGAGGUUGGCACGUGGAUGAUGGGCGCCGUGUCCAAAAUCGCCAAACCCAUCACCGACACCCUUGACGACCCCUCCCGCGUCACCUGGGAUUACAUCCAGCACCUCGCGGACGAUUUUCAGGCUCAUGCGACCAGUCAACCCGCCAAGGAAAACUGGCCCGCGACGUCCCGGUUUGUAUCCAACUACUGCAUCAGCAAGAUGCUGCAGACGGCGUGGGUGCGUGCGUUCGCACGGCAGCAUCCGGAGUUGAAGGUGGCGUUGGUGUGCCCCGGCUACUGCGCGACGGAGCUGAAUGGGUUCUCGGGGCCACGGUCGGCGGCGCAGGGAGGGGAGAGUGUGACAUGGCCGGUGUUUCAUGAGUUUGAGAAUGGGAGGUUGUAUCAGGAUGGGAAGGUGUUGCCUUUUACGGCACCUGUGCCGGAGGAUUUGUUCAAGUAG